AACAUAAACUUCAUCUUCUUCUACCUAAGCAACACAACUUUUUGGACUUUGUUCGCCAAAGUUUUUGUCGGUAUACCAUGUGAUUACCGUACAAGAAAGGGACCGUACAACAAGCGGGCUCUAGCCCUUCCCUCUUGAGUAUAAAUAGGUCUCCAUAUUUAUAUAGUUAUUAAUGGCAACUAAGAAUCAAACACAUACUAUAAUAGUACUAUGUGAGUAGUAUCACCGGACUGAUACCAACAGUUUUCAAAGGUCUCACCAUGGCGGAACCUUCAGCUGCAGCAACGACAGAACAAAGCGUUGACCCAUGUAAUGUUCAGGGAGCAAUUGGGGCCGAUGGCAUUUAAAUGGCCAUCAAUUACUUGAGCUUGGUGGAAAAGUUUGGGACUCAAGUAACAACUCCUGAUGAUUUGAAGAGAUUUGAGCAAGUUACAGGUCAUAAACCUCGUCGAUUUAUGCGAAGGGGCAUAGUCUUCAGUCACUGCGAGUUGAAUUUAAUCCUUGAUCGUCAUGAGCGUGGGCAACCCUUCUUCUUGUAUACUAGAAGAAGGCCAAGUAGUGAUAGCAUGCAUAUCGGACACACAAUACCUUUCGAGUUCACCAAGUAAGUUUUGAGAUCUAAGGAGUUAGAGAUAUUUAGCAUCUUUUAGGGUUAGCCAAUUCGACAGUUUGGUUGCCAUUUUCUCCGAAAUGCGCUGAUUUCCUAUAGGUGGUUACAAGAUGUAUUUGAUGUACCAUUGAUCAUCAUGCUCACUGAUGAUGAGAAAUACAUUUUUUCCGAGAAAAAAACGAUUGAUGAAGUCCGCAGUUAUUCUAUAGCUAAUUGCAAAUACAUUAUUACAAUUGGCUUUAAUUCAAAGAAGAAUUUCAUAUUCAGCGAUUAUGAUUUCAUGGGAGGAGCAUUUUACCGGAACGUGACUCGUAUAUCAAAGCACAUAACUUUGAAUGUUGCUCGGGCUGUGUUCGGAUUUGACGGAAGAUAGAUGAUGCCGUUUUCCCAUUCUUGCUACUGGUUCUAAUGGUUGCAUCAGUUCAAAUAUUGGCAAGAUCCAUUUUGGGGCAGUCCAAGGUGCUACUUCGUUUGCUUCUUCAUUCCCACAUAUCUUUGGUACUGAUGAAGUAAUUUCGAACUCAAUACCAGCAUUGAUUCCGUGUGCUAUUGAUCAAGAUCCGUACUUUUGAGUAACACGAGAUGUAGCAGCACGUCUCCAUUUCGCUAAGCCGCACUUAUUCACGCGCUAUUUUUGGACGCCUUAAAAGGACCUGGUAGAAAAAUGAGUGCUAGUGUUGCCGCGAGCGCAAUGUUCAUGCAUGAUGAACCUAGCACGAUUAAAAAUAAUAUCAUUAGAUUUGCUUUCUCCGGUGGACAGCUUAAUGAGGCGGAGCAGAGAGAGAAGGGUGAGGAUACAGACAAGGAUGUAUCCUACCAGUAUUUGACAUUCUUUUUGGAGGAUGAUGAAGAGCUAGAGAAGAUCAAGAAAGAAUACUCGAGUGGAGAGAUGUUAACAGGAACUUUAAAAGCAAAAUGUAUCGCAGAACUGCAGGUAUACGUUAAGGGAUUCCAAGAGCGGAGAGCGAAAGUCACGGAUGAGAUCGUGGCAGAUUUCAUGUCACAAAAACCUCUGGUGUGGGGUGGAAAUCCAAACGUCACGGUUGUGGCUAGGAAAGGGGAAAACGAGAAGCCAAGCGAAGAAGCUGCUGAAGGCACUAUAAAGUUGACAAAGAACCAGGAGAAAAAUUUAGCUAAGAAAAAGGCGGUCGCGGAGAAGAAGGCUGCAAAGAAACAAUGAUUUGCUUGUUACAUGAAGCCAUGUCUAAGAUUCAUAGAUUCAUAGAUAAAUGGCUACUUCGUGAUGUUACCAGUUGGCUAUAUACUCCUUUAAUAAUGCAUAUACCCAUAAUACAUUGCCUUUAUCAUUCUUCAAGUGACAUCCAAUAUGUAGAAUCGGGAAAAACAUUUAGGUGCAAAUUGAGUAAUUGGAACCGACAGUGAUUUGCAGCGACACAUGAGUGAGCAUCCAAUCUCAGUUAUGUGCUGUCGCCCUUAUUAUCUGCAAGUUCUAAAAUGACUAAG